AUGGCUGACAAGGACAUGGACAAACGUAUUUUUGUCAAGGGCUUUCCACGCGAGACGACUGAAAAUGACCUAAAAGAAUUUUUUGAGACGUACGGAACGGUGAAACAUGUAAAUAUCGUAAUUGAUCGAAAGAGUGGCGUGGCAAAAUGCGGUUUUGUUACCUUUGAGUCUAAGGAUGUGCGUGAUACCUUGUGCCAAGAAAAAUCUAUUAAAUUUCAAAAGAAAACCCUGUGUAUCGACGAGGCAUACCGAAGAAAAGGUUCUGAUAAGAAUGGCGAUGGUGCAGCUCACGGGUUCAGGCGAUACUUCCUAUCAAGGCAGUCAGCCAUGGAUUACCCAUCCUCUACAGCGCCAAUGGGCUAUUAUCCCUCGAGCUAUUCCUGGCCAUUGUAUGGCCAAAACCUAGUUUAUGUUCCAGCUGUCCAAGCCCCAACCGUUGCUCAAAUAUCUUCCCCUAGUUACCAAACUGGCUAUAUUCCGAGCAGCCACCAAGUUUUCACAACAUUGAUGCCUGGAAGUCAAAACACAUCGCCAUCAGCCUUUGUUCAAGGCUUGAAUUCUGGUGAGCAGUUCGUAUUUCAAAUGCCGCGAACAAGUUAUGUUGAUGGCUACCAAGAUUACCAGACCGUUCCUUCUUUUAUAACCUUGCCUUUGGCACACGGCAGUGACUGGACAUCCUCUGAAAACGGAAUGAACAUUCUGGCAAAAGAGUCCAUGUCUAUGACUCCAAAGGCCAGAGGAAAAAAAUCAUUUCAGCCUUAUGUUACUAAAGACGAAGAGGAAAAUAACGAAGCAGCAAGUGAGAGUUCACGUGUUCCUGUGGUUGCCGUCUUGCCUACCACCAAGGAAAUUAUUAGUCCAUAA